CGGAAUUUAUUGAGGUAAGGGCUAAGAAGCCUCGCACCCACCGAGACCAAACGCUUCCCGUCUCAGUCAGUCAGUUGGGUCCCCCACUCGACGAUACUGGCGGAAUUUUUUGUAUUCUCUUCCAACUCGCUGUGAUGACGUCACUCGGGAUGAUGAUUACACUCGUGGUGCUGGUGGCGGCCAUUGUUUACAGCAAAGCAACCGUGUUUCCACGCCCGAGCGCAGAUGAAAAUAAUUCCAAUUACUGGCUGAAGAUGGGAACAGAGGAGAUUGAGGCAGCACUGCUAAAACCAAAGCUAACUAAUACUGCAAAAAAUGUCAUACUCUUUAUGGGAGACGGUAUGGGCAUCACUGUUAAUACGGUUAGUCGCAUCUACAAGGGUCAAAAAAAGAAUGGGUACUCAGGAGAAGAGGGACAUCUAGUCUGGGAGAAAUUCCCUAACAUUGCCCUUUUAAAGACUUAUGACCUGGACAUGCAAGUGUCUGACAGUGCAUCAGCAGGUGCUGCAUAUCUUUGCGGAGUCAAGGCUAACUAUUACACAGUUGGAGUUAAUGGUCACGUUAAGUUCAAUGACUGUGAGGCGUCUCUCAUUGAAGAAAACAGGCUUACCAGCAUUCUACAAUGGGCUCAAGAAGCCAAAAAAGAUACAGGUUUUAUAACAACAACACAAGUCACCCAUGCAAGUGUGGCUGCUGCUUAUGCAAAGUCAGCCAACAGGAAAUGGCAAUGCGACAAAAAGAUGAAGAAAUUUGGCCAGGGUGCUGCUGCGUGCAAGGACAUCGCUCGGCAACUGGUUGAAGAUGUCCCUGGCAAGCACAUCAAGGUUGUGAUGGGAGGGGGACGCCAGGAAAUGGGAUCGCCUAAGAGAGAUGAAAUUGAGGAUAAUUGCAAGAGGACUGAUGGCAGGAAUUUAGUCAGAGACUGGAUUAGUCAAAAGGAAGAAAAUGGCAAGAGCUACGCCUAUGUUACAACUACCCGAGAAUUACAUUCUGUUGACACCAAUAAUACUGAAUAUAUCUUGGGCUUGUUCGAUGAAAUUCAUUUGCCAUACGAGACUGACAGAGACACCAGUUUGGACGGCUGUCCUCACAUCAAAGAAAUGGUAGAGGUUGCUAUUAACAGACUCAAGAGGAGUGAUAAUGGAUUUUUCCUUUUUGUUGAAGGCGGCAUGAUUGACAAUGCUUUACAUAUCACUUCACCGAAGAGAGCUCUUGAAGAGGUACUUGCAUUUGAGGAAGCGGUGGAACUGGCACUGACAAUGGUGAACACGGAAGAAACUCUGGUCAUUGUCACGGCAGAUCACUCGCAUGUCAUGACCAUGAAUGGGUACCCGCCAAGAGGAAACGACAUAUUAGGUAUUGUUACAGAAAGUGAAGACAUAUCAGAUGGUCUGCCAUUUACAACAUUGACCUUUGCAAAUGGUCAUGGAUUCAAUUACUCCUUUAACGGGAAAGAGGUUGUCAGACCAAACCUUACAGGUGUGGACACAACAGAUAAGGACUAUGUUCCCCUGGCUGGUAUGCCAACGCAUUAUGACUAUGAGACACAUGGUGGUGAGGAUGUGGCUGCUUUUGCAGUAGGACCUUGGGCUCACCUCUUCCACCGUGUUCACGAGCAGACCCACGUAGCCUAUGUUAUGGCAUAUGCCAGCUGCACUGGGCCUUACAAGGACUGCCAUCAUCAUGCAGAAAGGCCCUUCAAUGAACAAGUGAAGAAAAAUCCAAAAAGUGAUUCAUCUAGUGCUACAGGUCUCUUUUCAGGCAUCAUUUUCAUUUUUAUAGUUGCUGUGCAAAUCCUUUUUGUCUGAAAAAUGGCAUCCAUUCACUAAGGAUUCAAAAGUACUGAUGUUCACUAUUAAUAUUUUUCAUUAAUGCUAUUUGAGUCAAGUCUUCCUUGUGGGUCUUGGCUAAAGAGUGCAUUCUUAACCUUUCAUGAUCUCACCCCAUGGUGGGUAAAACAAUUACACAACAGUCAGGUUACAAACAAAAUUUGAUCCUGCUUGUACCGCAACAUAUGCAUCACAAUAAUGCAGGCCAAAAUACUUCAAAAUGCUAUAAGAGAAAGUCUCUACAAAGAAUAUUCUAGAACUGGGCAUAUGUCCUGAUUUAGAUGUAACUAGAUUUCAUUCUGGCUUUUUCAAACAGCAGCUAUUUUGAAAUUAGGCUACUGCUUUUUCCACUAUUAAUACCACUAGCUUUUUUUGUAUCACUAAAUGUCCAUUACAAUGAUUUUCAAGAUUCAAAUACAUAUAGUCAUGUUGAACCUAAUAAAUGUAUAGAAGAGAGCAAA